GCAUGCUUACACGUAAAGGCAUGCAUUCAGUUGCUUGUUUUGCGGUGAUGCGAAGACACGCUAUAGCAGCUCACGCGACUAGUUGAACUGAUGGUACAGGCGCGAAUUCCUCGUAUUUACGGACCGCCUAUUCAGCGGCACGCAUCUCGUGCUCGCGCAAAGGCUGUCUGCCCACGCCCGCAAGGCCGUUUAGGGAACAGCCAGCUCGCCUACCGGGAAAUGGGGCGCUAAAUCCGUCAGUGACUGUGAUGCGUUCACGUGCACACCGAAGUUUGGGACUCAUCGAUUCGUCUCUUGCCUCUGAGUGCCAAGCAGGAAGCCCAUGUCAGGUAGCGAGGAUCUGCGCUUCGAUUGUGUUGUGAUCGGGUCUGGUCAUGCAGGCUGCUGUGCGGCGCUUUCCGCGGUUCAGUUCGGUUGUAAGAAAGUCCUUGUGACGGACAAGUGCCCCAAGGAGUGGGCAGGUGGGAAUGGCCUGUUCACUGCUGGAGCGAUGCGUACUGUCCAUGGAGGUCUAGAGGACCUGGCGCCGCUCGUGCGCAAUGUGACGCCCGAAAUGAAGGCCCAAAUCGAUCUGGAGGCGUACUCUGCAGAGCAAUUUCGCGAGGAUAUCAUGCGACUAGGGAAGGGUCAGCCCGACCCAAAGCUCGUUGAAGCGGUGGUCAGAGGCUCCCGCGACGCCAUACAGUGUUUAGCGGAUUCGGUCCAAGUACCCUUCGUCUUGUCCUUCCAUCGCCAAGCAUACGAGGUACACGGCAGGAAGAAAUUCUGGGGUGGGAUGGCCCUUGCGGUAGAGGACGGUGGGAAGGGACUGAUUCGCGCGCACCAUGAAAGGCUCCGGGAAGCAGGCAUCGAGCUGCGGUACGAAUCGGCCGCAGUCUCUUUGCUCACCGACGGAGAGCGUGGCAUCGUUGGCGUCGUUCUACGUGAUUCGGGGACCGGCUCAGAGGUGCGCGUUACCACCCUAUCUGUCGUCCUGGCCUGCGGAGGCUUUGAGGCCAACCCUGUUCUGCGCGCGAAGCACCUGGGUGAGGGCUGGGUCCAUGCUCGGAUCCGAGGGACGCCGCAUAACACGGGAGACGGCCUGGCGCUGGCGGAGGCCGUGGGUGCGCGUCUGACAGGCGACUUUGCUGGGUGCCACAGUACCACUUGGGACGCCAACGCGCGCCUGGAAGCAGGUGACCUGGAGAUGACGAAUGCAUAUACGAAGUCGGGAUAUCCGCUCGGUAUUAUGGUCAAUGUUCUCGGCGAGCGCUUCGUAGACGAAGGAGAGGACUUCAGGAACUACACGUACGCGAAGUUUGGCCGCGCGAUUUUGGAGCAGCCCGGGGGCGUGGCCUUUCAAGUCUUCGAUGGGCGGAUGGUACCCAAGCUCCGGGAAGAAGAAUACGGCGACGGCGUCGUACGCAAGAUGACGGCGAAUAGCAUCGAGGAUCUGGCCGAUAGAUUGGAAGCGGAGGGACUGAAGGACAAGCGGCGGUUUGUGGAGACCGUGAAGGAGUUCAAUGAGGCAGUUCGCUUGCACCUGACGGAGCAUCCAGAUCGCAGGCUUGAUAUUGCUGUCAAGGACGGCCUGUCGACCCAGUCUUCGCAGAAGUCGCUCAGUGUAGCAAAAACCAACUGGGCAACAGCUUUGGAGGAGCCGCCGUUCGUCUCCGUUGCUGUCACUUGUGGUAUCACGUUCACGUUCGGCGGCCUGGCCAUCGACUGCGACACGAGCGGCGUUCUGUCCGAUGCGAGAAGCGCCCCUAUACCUGGAUUGUUUGCAACUGGAGAGGUCGUGGGCGGCCUCUUUUACCACAAUUAUCCUGGAGGAAGUGGUUUGACUGCAGGAGCCGUACUUGGACGUCAGGCCGGCAAAGGCGCCGGGAUCAGGCUGGCUGCUUAGUGCCACUGGUCGCUACUAUGACUUUUUUUGUACACGAUCGAGUGUUGGGCAGUAUCAGUACCGCAGACUGAUGCGCACAGUUGAACUGAUC